AUGAACUUGCCAGAUUUCCUAAACGAUGGUUUUAGCGGGCUACCGAGGGUAAGUAAUGGAACGUCUCAAGUGAAAAACGGCACCCACUUGCACGGGUAUGACGAGGUGAAUGGCAGACAGGGCUCCUCGUAUAACAACCAUGGAUUAAGCAGCACAGCAACUACUACAACAAAUAGCGAGGAUCCUUUGCACCACUCCAAGUUCAACGAGAUACUAUUUCGGAAAUUGUCGAAUCUAAACGAGGAGCCCAAGAUUGAUGUUGAAGACUACUAUCCCGUCAAUGGCGAGAGUUUUAAAAAUGUGUUCAAUUUGCCCGAGGAGUUACAAGGAGGAGUAUCCAACAUUUCGUCGAGGAGACCAAGUUAUGCUGCCGAGUCAUUCACGAGAAACAAUUUUUCCUACCACUCGGGCUUGAGCCAUCGCUCGCCCCAUGCCCCAGUGGUUGCCGCCACUCAAAACUCCAACUUUGUCAACAACAACAACAACAACACGAAUCGAGGAGACUUGUCUUCUUUAGCGAUGAUCAACAACAGUCAUUACCAGUCAAAUAGUGCUUGGCAAAGAGUCGAUGCCGAUGCAAACGCACAUGCGCCAUUCAACUUGAAUGAUUCGUUUCUGGAUUUGAGUAUGGGCACGAGCUCGAGGUUCAGUGAGUUUCAAUUGAGAAGACCAAGCCAGCUCGUUGAUUACUCGUUUAACUUGCCAUUCACUUCGCAGAGUUCCAUCGGCGGCCAAUCGCUGCAAGCUUAUGGCCCUACUACCAAAUUUGCUCCAUUUCAAGAGAAACAAGGAGGAAAUACAAGUCCAACAUUACAACAAUCACAUUACCUGCCUUUGCCUUUGUCUUUGCCUUUCCAGCAGAAUAAUCUAAACACACAAACUCAGUUUCACCAGCAACACUCGCUGCUGGGGCCCUCGAUGUCUUCAGGACCCACAGGACCCACAGGACCAACAGGACUCUCGCGGCUCUCUGGACUUUCAGGUCCCUCGGUCUUUGCUAGACCAUUCAACAACUUGGCAGAGCCAGGUCAGGCAAUCAAAGUAGAAAAUGGCCUCCUUGUCAAGGACCAGUACCUCGUUGCCUCACAAGAAUUGAGAGCAUUGUUUUCCAAAAUCACCAAAUACUUUCAAAACCCGGAGCUCACUGCCGAGGUCAUCUCCAAGAUGAACGACUUGUUGACCCAUCCCGUGAUUAUCAAGUUGAUUACAUUUAUCAAAAACUUGAACAACCUCACUUUUAACCAUAGAAUGUUGUGUUUGGUGAUCAACAAAAACGGCAAGUUUGACUUGCUCUCGUACCCUCACAAUUCAAACAUUUUCCUUCAAAAGGGCGAUUUGGUCAUUGUUGAUGGCGAUAGGGGGAAAGAUAUGGUGAUGAUUGUCGAGCCAUUGGUCAACCUCAACUUUGCCAUACUCUUUAAUUUCUUGAGGAAAUUGGAACACAUCAAGAGCUUGACCGUUUACGAUGGCACGAAAAAACGCGCGCACUCGUCAUCGAUGAAUGCUUCUGAUAUCGUCAACUCGCACAAGGAAAACGAUGAGAAUGAGUUUAGCAUCACACUUCCAACAAAGCAAGUCUUGCGAUUCGCGACUCCAAAGGAAAUCCACAAGUUAAGCGGGAAAUUUCUUCAGGAGAAAAAGGCUUUUACAACGUGCUAUAAUAAAAUCAGGGAAUUGAACAUGGACUCGGGCAUGACCUUGGUCAAUGUUGAGUACCAGUCCGAUUUCAAAAAAUUGGUGUUUUAUUACUUUGCCGGCUUCUGCCGAAUUGAUUUCCGAAUACUCAUCAAGGAAUUGUUCAAGAUUUUCAAAACCAGGAUCUGGCUUUGCGCAGUGUUGCCGCACGAUAGGCCAGAGUUGUAUGUGACUACGAGUGCAGGCGACGCACCAAUGUUGCCCGAUGAAGCAUACGUGGGCACGGCAAACGAAUCGAUUCCAAAGGAGUAUGAGUUGACCAAUGAUCAAAUUUUGAAGUUUUCCAUUACUGAGUUUGCCAACUUACCGCAGCCAAACUACUUUCACCUGAUCAACACAUUGAACUUGAUUCAACAUGUAACUAAUGAAAUUAAAGGUCCAUUUUAUGGGUUUAACGCUGUUUAUACGAAUGAAAAUAAUACUGAAACGACCGCGGGGAAAAAGGAUUAA